CCCAGGCAAUAACUUGUUUUACGAUGUCCCAUUUGAUUUUUCAUUUCAGUAUAACUCCAAGACGACAUACAGCUGAUGAAGACGAUUUUAAUGGUACUGUCAAAUAUAUCACAUUUCAACGUGGUGAAACUGGACCACAAUUUGUAGAAAUUGACUUGUUUGAUGACUUAAGUAUUGAACCAACAGAAACAUUUACUGUUUCUCUCUCGUCAAAAUCACGUGCAAUUCUUGGGAAAUCUUCCGCUGUAAACAUACAAGAUGUUGAUGGUAAUUUGUUUUAAGAAUUUUUGUUUUUAUGAUACAGUAGUUGGUAGGAAUAAAAUAAUUGAAAUACAAAUUUCAUUGUAUUCUUUUUAAAGUUCUUCCUACCAAUGCCUAACCUAGCUCAUCAUUGUAUUGCAUUCAACUAGUUUAAUUUUUUCUCUUCCACAUUGACAGUCGUAAUUAACUUCACUCGAUCUGUUUACAACGUGAGAGAAAAUGAAGGAAAAGAGACAGUUGCAAUUUCAGUAACAAAUGGUGCAGUGUCCGAACCAGUGACUGUGAGGUAUGCCAACUUGUGAUUAAAUAAUUGAAUUUAUUAGUAGAGCACUGCGUUUUGUUAUAGUCAACCAACGAACACAUUAAGUAAUCUCUGAUCCACACCGGAUCUCAUGUUUGAGAUACUUCAACUUGUCUUGUGGGUGGCUCUUGCUUGAGAACUGCUUUCUGUUGUUCACUCGUGAAUGUUCACCUCAAUAUCAUAGCAGGGUCAUAAAUUAAAAGAGCUUAGUCGUAUUAAGGAUGAAGUUAUGUGAUAUACUAUUAGUUUUUCACUGGAAGCGUCUAUCAAAGAAAAAUCUUAAUGCUUUUAUUUUCCCAAUACCAUUCUUUACGACAUUUUUUUUUCAGCGUAACUCCAAGACUAGGUACAGCUGGCGAAGAAGAUUUUGAUGUUACUGUCAAGCAUGUGACAUUUCAAACUGGUGAAACAGGACCAAAAUUCGUUGAUAUUGGCCUGGUUGAUGAUACCGAUGAUGAACCAACAGAGAAAUUUACUCUUUCUCUCUCGUCAAAUUCACGCGCAAUUCUGGGAGGACCUUCUGCUGUUAACAUAAUAGAUAAUGAUGGUAAUUAAUUUGAAUAUGUAUUUUUCGAUGUUGUUACUCUUCGUCUUUAUCAACGUUUGUAUGUGUGUCUGUGUGUGUUUGUCUCUCGCACGGUAACUUAUCAAACUAUAAAAAGAUCAAAGGUACGAAAAUUUGUGAGCAUUGCCCAAGGGCAAAGUGAUUAAAUUUUGGCUAUAUUUGGAUAAAAAUUGGAUAAGAAAUUAAAUUUGUCUUGCUGUGCCGGGUAGAGUAAACUGAAUACGUAAUUAGCACAUUAUAAUUUAUGCAUGAUACGUAACUGAACUAUUCGGUGGCGGAGGUAUGCACUCUCCCUCUUGUUGUUCUUUUGUUCUUUAAUCAAUUUAAUUUCUUGUUUGUUUAUUGUUUAAAACUUCUUCUUUAUUAACUUUAAAUUUCUUUUUAGUUCCACCUCCUCCAGUGAUCAAGUUCACCCAACCCAUUUACAAUGCGUCAGAAAGUGAUAAUGCUGUUGUUGGAAUUUCUGUUACCGAUGGCAAAGUCACUGAACCUGUCAUCGUAAGGUGAGUGAAAAUAGAUUUGCGUUUACAUGGCUCAAUCUAAUGUUUCUUUGAUGUUGUAGUCACUAGAAAUAGUGUAAAAUAUGAAAAUUAUGCAAGGCUUAACGGCAUACGAGGCGUUAGACAGAAUAUGAUACUGAAAUCAGAAUCAGAGAAAGUGCAACACAACUUAAAGAAAUAUUCUUAAGUAGAAUCUAUUAGAUAAGACAAAGUUGAAAAUUCUAACUUCGUUCAACUAAAUUUUAAUCAAACAGGCAUAAAAAUUGAAGUAUUGCAAAUAACGUUUUUCAGCAUAACCCCAAAUUCAGAUACGGCUGGCAAAGGAGAUUUCGAUGGUGCUGUCAAAGAAGUUACUUUUCAACCUGGUGAACGUGGACCAAAAUUCGUUGAAAUUGGCCUGAUUGAUGAUUUUGUUGAUGAACCAACAGAAAAAUUUACUGUUUCCCUCUCGUCAGAUUCACGUGCAAUUCUGGGAGGACCGUCUUCUGUAAACAUAAUAGAUGAUGACGGUAAUUAUUUUGAAAAUGAAGAAAGAAAGGCACUUUCGUUGCCGUUCUCGCUGUUGUUUCCAUCUCUUACAACAAUUGUUGUUAAAGUUUUAGUUGUUCUUGUCGCUCUUUUGGCUGUGCUAAACUUCUUCUUUAUUAACUUUACAUUCCGGCCCUAUUAGUCAGUCCCAGCUCCUCCGGUCAUCAUCACCGAAAUUAUUUGCAAUGUACCAGAUAGCGAAAAUGCUGUUGUGUAACGUAUAGGCGUGGGAGAAUUUUACGAACGUCGGGUAAAUUUAUGGCCGCCCUCCUAAUUUUUUCCUCCUGUACGCCUAUGGAAAAACGUCCAUUAUACUUUUACUUCAGCCGCCGCCGCCAUCCUGGGAAUAUUGCAUUGUUGUAAUGAAUAUAUUUUCCUACGUAUUCGCUGAUUAUUGCAUAAAAAUUUUUCUUGCUCUUGUUCUUUUGUUUUUUAAUUGUUCAAGUUGGGUUUUUUCCUGUUGCUGUUUGUUCGUUUUGUUGCGUACAACUUCUUCUUUACUAGCUUUUUAUUUCUUAAUUAGCUCCACCUCCUCCAGUUAUCAAGUUCACUCAACCUAUUUACAAUGCAUCAGAAAGUGGUAAUGCGGUUGUUGGAAUCUCUGUUACAAGUGGCAAAGUCACUGAAUCUGUCACUGUAAGGUAGGUGGAAAGUUUUGUUUUUAGGUGGCUUGCUAAAAUUAUUGCCUUUACAUGGCCACCAGAAAAAUGCAUUGAAUUGAUAUUAAACUGUCAACCAAAAUUAACUAUUUAUCAUGCCAGACAGUACGCUAAAAGUCUAAGACAUGUUCUCCAAUUAGUUUUUCGGUAAAAUAUAUCAUGUCAAGAUAAAGCCGUAAAUCACAACUUUACUCUAUUAAGCCUUAACCAAACAGCGCUUAUAAAUCGAAAAUGAAUUAUUUACCAAAAUAUUUUUUUCAGAAUAAUCCCGAAUUCAGGUCAUUCAGAUACAGCUAGUCAAGACGAUUUCGAUAGUACUGUCAAAUAUAUUACUUUUAAACCUGAUGAAACUGGACCAAUACUCGUUGAAAUUGAUCUAGUUGAUGAUUCUGUGGAUGAACCAACAGAGACAUUUACUGUUUCCCUCAAGUCAAGUUCACAUGCAAUUCUGGGAGGACCUUCCUCUGUGAACAUAAAAGAUGAUGGUAAUUCUUUUGAAAAUUUAUUGUUUCACAAUAGUAGGUAAACACACAAAUGACUGUCUUUGAUACGUUUAACUUUAUCCUUUGUUGUUGUUCUCGUUGUUUUUGUUCUCACUAUUGUUGUUCAUCUUUUUCUUCUUCUUCGCCUUCUUCUUGGCUUGCUUUUUUACCUCUUUAGAUUGUGUUCAACUUCUUCUUGAAUAAAUUUACAUUUCUUUUCAGUUCCACCUCCUCCAGUGGUCAUCAAGUUCACUCAACCUAUUUACAAUGCGUCAGAAAGUGAUAAUGCUGUUGUUGGAAUUUCUGUUACCGAUGGCAAAGUCACUGAACCUGUCAUCGUAAGGUGAGUGAAAAUAGAUUUGCGUUUACAUGGCUCAAUCUAAUGUUUCUUUGAUGUUGUAGUCACUAGAAAUAGUGUAGAAUAUGAAAAUUAUGCAAGGCUUAACGGCAUACGAGGCGUUAGACAGAAUAUAAUACUGAAAUCAGAAUCAGAGAAAGUGCAACACAACUUAAAGAAAUAUUCUUAAGUAGAAUCUAUUAGAUAAGACAAAGUUGAAAAUUCUAACUUCGUUCAACUAAAUUUUAAUCAAACAGGCAUAAAAAUUGAAGUAUUGCAAAUAACGUUUUUCAGCAUAACCCCAAAUUCAGAUACGGCUGGCAAAGAAGAUUUCGAUGGUGCUGUCAAAGAAGUUACUUUUCAACCUGGUGAACGUGGACCAAAAUUCGUUGAAAUUGGCCUGAUUGAUGAUUUUGUUGAUGAACCAACAGAAAAAUUUACUGUUUCCCUCUCGUCAGAUUCACGUGCAAUUCUGGGAGGACCGUCUUCUGUAAACAUAAUAGAUGAUGACGGUAAUUAUUUUGAAAAUGAAGAAAGAAAGGCCCUUUCGUUGCCGUUCUCGCUGUUGUUUCCAUCUCUUACAACAAUUGUUGUUAAAGUUUAAAGUUUUAGUUGUUCUUGUCGCUCUUUUGGCUGUGCUAAACUUCUUCUUUAUUAACUUUAUAUUCCGGCCUUAUUAGUCAGUCCCAGCUCCUCCGGUCAUCAUCACCGAAAUUAUUUGCAAUGCACCAGAUAGCGAAAAUGCUGUUGUGUAACGUAUAGGCGUGGGAGAAUUUUACGAACGUCGGGUAAAUUUUUGGCGCCCUCCUAAUUUUUUCCUCCUGUACGCCUAUGGAAAAACGUUCAUUAUACUUUUACUUCAGCCGCCGCCGCCAAACUGGGAAUAUUGCAUUGUUGUAAUGAAUAUAUUUUCCUACGUAUUCGCUGGUUAUUGCAUAAAUUAUUGGAAUUUUUCUUGCUCUUGUUCUUUUGUUUUUUGUUCAAGUUGGGUUUUUUCCUGUUGCUGUUUGUUCGUUUUGUUGCGUACAACUUCUUCUUUACUAGCUUUUUAUUUCUUAAUUAGUUCCACCUCCUCCAGUGAUCAAGUUCACUCAACCUAUUUACAAUGCAUCAGAAAGUGGUAAUGCGGUUGUUGGAAUCUCUGUUACAAGUGGCAAAGUCACUGAAUCUGUCACUGUAAGGUAGGUGGAAAGUUUUGUUUUUAGGUGGCUUGCUAAAAUUAUUGCCUUUACAUGGCCACCAGAAAAAUGCAUUGAAUUGAUAUUAAACUGUCAACCAAAAUUAACUAUUUAUCAUGCCAGACAGUACGCUAAAAGUCUAAGACAUGUUCUCCAA